GCACUAAUAGCGAUUUCAUUGCUUUUAGGGAGUGAUCACUUCGCUGGCAAAUGGUGGAGCUGCUUUGUAGCUCAUUUUGGAGCAAAGCAUUAAGCCACUUAUCGGCCGCCGCCAUGCCACUUUGUUCAAACCAAGAAGCUCUUCUCAGACUCUUCUACAAUGCCUCCUCCUCCUUCCUCCUCCUUUUCCUCUUCCUCUUCUCCUCCUCCUUCCUCCUCCUCCGCUUCUUCAACUUCAUCGGCAACUACCCCCUCCUCCACCGAGAUCAGCAGUAUGAAUAUGUGUUUUCUGAUGACGAGGAUGAGGAGGAGGAGGAAGGAGAAGGAGAGGCAAGGUAUUGUUAUGAUGCUGGGAAUAAUAGCCAGAGAGACCAUCUGAUGGCCGACAUCGUUGGCGGUGGACAAGGUCUUAUGUUUCUGCACUGCGACCACCGGGGACGUCAGAGUUUGAGGACGACUACUCGUCAGUCUUUCUCAGAAGACCUAUUCAUAAGUCCACGGGAGAGUUCGUUGCCUGACGAAGAUAGCUCCGAAUUGGAAAACCAUUAUGCCUCUGAUCAAACCUUGUCUGUUCAUAGAUCCCCGCUGGUCUCAGACUUUGAAUAUGAAGAACCUGUUGAAGAAGAACAACAACAACAAGAAGAACGAGAGGAACAAGUUGUUGCUGCUGCUGUAAAAGAUCAUCAGGCUGAUGAUGAUUCUGUACUCAACUCUGUCCCUAUUGAAAGUGACUGGGUGGACAGCGACAAAACCUGUGAAGAGGAUCAUGUUACCGAUAGGCUCAUCAAGAACAAGAAAGUGCAGGAGGCCAACUUCACGGGGGAUGACAGAUUCUUUGUUUUGGCUCCCACCAAUUUGAAAACCAAGAGGCUGGUUGUUGAAGAAAAGGACGAAGAAGAAAUAUAUGGUGACUCCUGCACCGUGGGGUCCACCUCCAAGAGUUCAUCUGACUGGAGAAGCUCAGUCAUUUGCAGAGAUUCCGGAACAGAAGACCCGUUCUCUUCUUCCUCAAGAAGGAGCUGCCCAAAGUGGGAGUCUUACACUGUGUUCCAGAAGUACGAUGAAGAAAUGACAUUCCUAGACAGAAUUAGCGCCCAAAAACUUCACGAAACUGAGUCUUUGAAGUCAAUCCAUGUAUCUCCGAGAUCGAUAUCAGAGCGUAUAGCGUACAAGUUUUCCAAUAUAAACAAGACACCGGCUCAUAUACGUCAGAACCCAUACCGGGAACUGGAGGCUGCGUACGUGGCACAAAUCUGCUUGACCUGGGAAGCUCUGAACUGGAAUUACCACAAUUUUCAGUCAAAGAAGGCAUUGUGUCUUAAUAUUGAAGCAGGUUGUCCGGCCACCGUUGCCCAACAGUUCCAGCAAUUUCAAGUGUUGCUGCAGAGGUACGUUGAGAAUGAACCAUAUGAGCACGGAAGAAGACCUGAGAUCUAUGCAAGAAUGAGGCUUUUGGCUCCUAAAUUGCUCCUUGUCCCAGAAUACCGAGAUUCGGAGGAUGAUCAGGGUGAGGAUGAUUAUGAGUCAAGAAUAUCGUCAACAUCAUUUCUUAUGAUAAUGGAGGAUGGGAUCAGAACUUUCAUGAAUUUCCUCAAGGCUGAUAAAGAGAAGCCCUGUCAGAUCCUAGCAGCCUACUUUAAGAGAAACCGAAGAAGCUCCGUGGAUCCAGCACUACUUCGGCUUAUGAAGAAAGUUAACCAAAAGAAGAAGACGAAGGUGAAGGAUCUUCGACGUUCGCGGAAAUGCCUGAGGAAGAGGAAGCAGAAGGAAGAUCAAGAGAUGGAAAUUUUGAUGGCACUGAUAGACCUAAAAGUAGUGUCGAGGGUUUUGAGGAUGAAUGAUUUAAGCGAAGAACAGUUGCAGUGGUGUGAGGAGAAGAUGAGCAAAGUGAGAGUGAUGGAUGGGAAGCUUCAAAGAGAUUCCACCCCACUUUUUUUCCCUGCACAUUGACUGACCCACCCGUCUGCCCAGAUUAUUCUGAAAUUUGUCAAUUCUUAUAUAUUCUUGUUGCUUGAUGACUCGAUCGUGAAUGUGCAUUAGUCAUGCACAGAGGAAUAUCCAUAAGGUGCUUUUGUAGAUAUUGGGGUUAAAGCAGAAAAGAAGAUGGAGGGACCCUAUAUAUAUAUGUCAUCAAAGUAAGAGAGAGAGAGAUUGUGGGUUUUGGAACCAGAAAUCCAUGGAAGGCAAAGUUAAAGAUGAACACUGAAAGGGAAAGACCAGAGACAAAGCAAGGAACAUCAAGAUAAAGACAAGAGGAGCUUUAGUUUUACAUUUUUUACUUUAGCUUUUUCUCUUUUAAUUUUUAAAUUAGGGUUUAUCUACCGGCUAGCUAGGGGGUUUUAGCCGAAUCUUUAAGAACAAUAAUCCAGACUUAUGCCACACGCAUCUGCAGAAAUAAACAAGUAUAGAACACAUACGUGAUAGACUAGGGAAAUGGUAGGCAAUAAAUCAGUUCUCUCUUUUGUAUUUUUUUUUUCUCUUUCUCUGGGCACUUAGUUUUGGUAAAAGGGGAAAUAAAGAAAAGCAUUCACUUAUGGGCAUCCAGGUCUUCGUCUUCAUAUUUUAUAAAGCUAGGUCUGCAGACGGAUCACCAUGAAAUGUAAAAUUUGUUACUUUUCAAACCAAAAUAUAUCUACCCAUGCUGCAUUGCUUUUUUUCCCCCUCCUG